GUUUCUCCCCUGCUUCCCAUCAACUUCCUGUUCUUCAGUUAGUUGUCAGCCAAAACCGGAAAUGGCAAUACAGUCUUGAAUUUGAAGUUUUUGAACAUUGCAGUGGGAGUAUUAGUAAUCAACAAAUAUGAUCUCAAAUGGCAGCACACUCUCUCUCUCUCUCUGACCGCAUUUACCUAUAAAUGCAUCAAAGAAAUCUGAAACACUUUUUUAUCACAAAACAAAGCAGAGGAAGAAGAGUUUUCAAACCUCCUUUACCUCUCUUUGAUCCUUCAAUCCAUCAACUUGAAAAACAACAACAAAUACGAAGACAAAAAGCAAUCCGAACCAAACCCACAAAACCAACCUCUUCUUCAAAUCCAAAUCCCACCACCCACGCCACCAAACCCACCUCCACUGAACCACCAACCUUACUUUCAAUCCUGCCAUGAACAAGAACAAACCUUACCUUGUCAAAUAAUCCUUCAACAACCCAAAAACCACCUUAUUUCAACACCUCACAAGCGACUAACAGUUAUGGCUCAGUCACCACCUUCUUCUCUCUCUCACUCUCCUACGCUUUCCUCUCUCCAUGGCAACCUUGACCAAUCAGGUUUUCAUAAAAAAACAAUUUUGAAUACUAUUACCUCCCCAUUUACUACUCAAUUAUCUAUCAAGACUGUAGUUCACAGAGUCCUUUUCCAUUUCAGCCAUGCUCGUUUGCUUUGUGUGCAUUUGAGAGUUUUGAUUCUUUUAAUUUUGCCUUCUCUUUACUUCUUUAUAUCAAAUCAUCAUCGCUUGUUUAUCAUAAAUUUGCUUUUCAGUAUUGCUUUCUUAAUUACCCUUUUAGUAUGUCUCAAUCUUGUGCUUCCUCGCUUGCCUUCAAUUCGUUUACUUGUAACUCGUUCACUUCCAAACAAGCUCAAGUCAACACCUUUACCUACAGAAGCUUCAAAUCCUGUGAUUUGGUCAAUUGGGUCUAAGCCAAAAAAAGAAAGCAAGCCAUAUUCAGGGUCAUGGGUUCAGGUUUAUAGUAAUGGUGAUGUUUAUGAGGGUGAAUUUCAUGAAGGUAAGUGUUCAGGGAGUGGGGUUUAUUACUAUUACAUGAGUGGGAGAUAUGAGGGUGAUUGGGUGGAUGAGAAGUAUGAUGGCUGUGGAGUGGAAACAUGGGCUAAAGGGAGCAGGUAUAGAGGGCAGUAUAGGCAGGGUUUGAGGCAUGGAAUUGGGGUUUAUAGGUUUUAUACAGGUGAUGUUUAUGCUGGUGAGUGGUGUAAUGGGCAAUGCCACGGGUGUGGUGUUCAUACUUGUGAGGAUGGGAGUAAGUAUGUCGGGGAGUUCAAGUGGGGUGUUAAGCAUGGGCUUGGUCAUUACCAUUUCAGAAACGGGGACAUGUAUGCUGGGGAAUAUUUUGCAGAUAAGAUGCAUGGUUUUGGAGUCUAUCAGUUUGGAAAUGGACAUCGGUAUGAAGGAGCAUGGCAUGAGGGAAGGAGGCAAGGGCUUGGUAUGUACACUUUCAAAAAUGGAGAAACACAAUCUGGUCACUGGCAAAAUGGGAUUCUUGAUGUUUCUACUGCAGAGAAUGGCAACCCUGGAUCUCCAAAGGCUACUAGUCAUCCCAAAGUUCUUAGUGCUGUCCAGGAAGCAAGGCGAUCUGCUGAGAAAGCAUAUGAUGUGGCAAGGAUAGAAGAGAGAGUGAACAAAACUGUUAAAUCUGCUAACAAGGCGGCCAAUGCUGCAAGAGUUGCAGCUGUAAAGGCUGUCCAAAGACAAAUGCACCACCAGAACAGUGAUGAUGUGCCAUCUCCUUUUGUUUAAAUCUUAAAGGACUUUGGGGCUUCUUCAGAAUCCUGCAUAUGCUUUUAGUUAAAAUCCAGAACAGGGGAAUUGCUUCGAAAAGACAUUUUUGCCAUUCCUUCUGCAGUUACGUCAAAUUUUGCGUGGGAAUCAUUUCAGUCUCGUUUAGAUGUAUGCUACAAGUGGUUGGUACCUACUUGGAACCGCAGUCUAGCCACCAAAAGAGAUGGCUGAUUGAGGAGCAAGAUGGAUCCCCCCACUCUCUGAUGGCCUCGAUAACUUGUAUAUACGUUGGUAAGGGGCUAAUGAAUGUUGUUUAUUAUGAUUUAAUAUCCUGUAUGAUUUGGUGUUUAUUAUGAUUUAAUAUCCUGUAUGAUUUGGUCCCGGCGCGGAGCAACAGUCAAUAAACUAAUGACUGAUUGAACAAGAUGAUUUCAGCCA